AUGAGCUCAAAUCGCAAACGUGGUGGAACUAAUGAACCGGACGAUUAUUCACAAAAAAGACGACGAAACAAUGAAGCUGUUAACAGGUGAAAUUUCUUGAGAUUUGCAGAUUUUUGGUGAAAAAUGAAGAAAAUUUGCAGAACUCGUCAAAAAAAGCGACAAGAGGAAAGUGAAACGGCGACCAAAGUUGAUGAGUUGAGAAAGGAGAAUGAGACAUUGGAACGAAAGGUAUUUACUAAGACAAUUUGAAGAAAAAAUCAAAAAUCCCAUAUUUUAGGUAGAUUCACUGCAAAAAGAGUUGUCGUUUCUCAAGGAAAUGUUUGUACAAUAUGCAAAAGGAAAGAAGAAUGGCGAAGGAACUUCUAAAUAA